AUGACGGGCUGGAGCUGCCUUGUGACAGGAGCAAGAGGGUUUCUGGGUCAGAGGAUCGUCCGCCUCUUGGUGAAGGAGAAGGAGCUGAAGGAGAUCAGGGCGUUGGACAAGGCCUUCAGACCAGAGCUGAGGGAGGAAUUUUCCACAAUGCUUAUAUUCCAAGCACACUUGACAAUGCACUGUUCAGAUUCGUUUCCUGGAAUGAGAUCCUUGAACACCUAUGACACAUCACCUUUAUCAGAAAACUUCCUAGCCAGACCCAGAAAUCCUUGCAAUGACCUGACCCGUGUUCAUACGAAGCUCCAGAACAAGACCAAGCUGACAGUGCUGGAAGGAGACGUUCUGGAUGAGUCAUGCCUUAAAAGAGCCUUCCAGGACGUCUCGGUCGUCAUCCACACCACCUCUAUCAUUGAUGAAUUCUGUGUCACCCACAGAGAGUUUAUCAUGAAAGUCAAUGCGAAAGGUAUAGUAUCCUGGGGAGGAGAUGGAGCAAUGUGGGAAAAUGAGAAUCAGAAAGAAGGACAGGAUGGAAAGAGAAGUUUCUUCACUGAACACCUGCUGUACUCUGGGCCAAGUGCCUUUGCUGAUCACUACCAACGAGGGAGUUCAAGACUGCUAACUUUAGUUUUUUAGAUGAUAAAACUAGGGCUAAGAGAUGACAAGUAACUUGUUCCAGGUUCCCCAGGUAAGUAAGUAAGUAGGAGAGUUAGACUUUAAACUCACUCCUGUGUGACUCCAAAGACUGUAGAAGCUCUUUCAA